AUGGUUCAAUCGGACAUCGCUGAGCCUCAGGACAAGAAGCUUCAUCCAUUCUUCACGAAGAGCACGAGAGAUCCUACAAGAACCGAACCGACCGCGGCCCCUACGAGUCUCGACAGCCCUCUUCAGGCCGACGCCGUUGCCUCCGACGCCGAGAACAAUCCCCAUGCGGUUUCCAAGAAGAGACAAAAGCAAGAUGAUACCGGCGAAGGGCAAGAUGCCCCAGCAUCUAAGAAGCCUCGAGGAAGAAAAAAGAAGGAGGUGAUGCUGGGGCAGGAGUCCAUCACCAACCUUCUUGUCCGUCCUCGUAAUAAAGACACGGUCGUGGAUUUGACCCUAGACAGAGUGGUAGCGAGUGAUAUUCCUACGCCGCCAAGCGAAAUGUCUUCGAAGCCAAAUGACGACCCUCCUCCCCAGCCGCCGGUGGAGGAGGCGAUCAAAGCCGUUUCGGCGUCUCGACCACAGCCUAGUCUACCCAAUACUCCUCCAAAAAAGGUUCUCAAGUUCAAUCCGAAAACAGGAACGUUUGGAUCUCCUCCAAAGCCCAAAAAGAUCGAAAAACCUUCUCUCGUGGUCGCGAUAAAAUACGGGCAGGACGAGCCAAGCCGCAUAAGUCUUGGGUCUAGGAUUACCCAAGUCCUCGAUGGCACUCUGGAUGUCCUCCCGAAACGGGGGCGGCCGAAACGAAAAGCGAAAGAGACAGAACCUCCCAACCAACCGAAUGACUCUACACCAAAAGCAUCUCACCCAUUCUUUUCAAAUAAGGCGAAGCAAUCGCCGGCAGAUUCCCCCAAACCUGAAGCAAGGGAGCAGCCACCGCCUCGGAGACAGACAAUAUUCAUGUCGACACCUGUAUCCCCGAGGAAGGCCAAGACUCAAUUAUUCCCCUCGACAAAGAACACGGUGAACUGGGGCAGACUGGGACCAGCGGCCACAAAAGUACCAGGUGCAAAGCACCCGGAAUGGCCGUCCUGUGGCAUGUCACACAUACGAGGCGAUGACUCCGUUACCUGCUCAUCCAAAGCCUACAGCGAAUCUUUACCCUACAAAAAAUCCAAGGGGCAGGUCGUCAGUGUGACGGCAGACGAAUCAGUGAUGUGCUGUCUAACAAGAGCACUGGAUCUAAAUCUUGUGCGUACUGAUCUUCCCAGAGACGACGACAAGGUUGAGCCAGCACCCAAGGAGCUUCGCUUACCUUCUCGCGUGUUUGAAACGGGGCGGAAGCUGCAAUCGAGGAUUCGGCGCCAGCUAUUGAACCACUCGGCCGCUUCGGUACAACCUGAAUCUGAUAUCGACGAGCUCCUGUGUACAAAAACGCCUGUUACUCACCCGGCCAUUACAAGAUUAUACGACAGCCUGGGGUCUCAACUUUCUGCGUAUGACCGAUCCACCUGUGAAAAUAUGGCAUGGACACAGAAAUAUGCCCCUUCCGUGGCCGCUGAAGUGAUACAAGCAAACAAGGAGGUGAUCUUUCUGAAGCAAUGGUUGGAGGCCUUGGAGGUACAGUCAGUUGAUACUGGAAAUGCCGAUAAGGGAGGUGCUUCAGCCAAGGGGAAGAGCGAGAAGCCAGCGAAGAAGAAGCGCAAGAGUAAGCUCGACGAUUUUGUGGUCGAAAGCGACGAGUCGGAGGAGCCCGACCUGAGUGAAUUGUCCGAGGAUGAGAGCGCUUGGGGACAUGCUGGGCCAGGAACAUUUAAGAAAUCUAUGGUCCGCGGUGUUGGUAAGAAGCAGCAUCCACGACUUGCGAAUGCUGUGGUGAUCAGUGGCCCUCAUGGGAGUGGGAAAACGGCUGCAGUGUAUGCGGUUGCCAAGGAGCUCAACGUUGAGAUAUUCGAGAUCAACUCCAGUAGCCGGCGCAGUGGGAAGGAUAUUCUGGAGAAAGUUGGCGAUAUGACGCGCAACCAUCUAGUCCAUCAUCACAAACUGGAGUCGGCUACAGAGGAGGAGCAGGGCGAAGGAGAAACUGAGGAUGAGGUUGCCAAAGACUUGAAAUCUGGCAAACAGGGGAUGAUGACAGCAUUUUUCAAACCUAAAACGACGAGCACAUCAACGAAGCAACGCAACCAACCAAAGAAUGACCGCAAGUCAAAUACGGAAAGCAAGACUACACCAAAGUCCCAGAGGCAGUCUCUUAUUCUGCUUGAGGAGGCUGAUGUCUUGUAUGAAGAGGAUAAACAAUUUUGGGCCACGCUGUUAACCAUGAUCGCCCAGUCUAGGCGGCCUUUCAUCAUCACAUGCAAUGAUGAGAGCUUGAUUCCUUUAGACAGCCUGUAUUUACAUGGCAUUUUCCGAUUCUCCCCGCCGCCACAGGCGCUAGCUGUGGAUGUCUGCCUUCUCAUUGCGGCAAACGAGGGUCACGCUCUCAGGAGAUCUGCCGUCGAAGCCCUUUACACAUCCCGCAACUACGAUCUGAGAGCAACCAUUACAGAACUCAACUACUGGUGCCAAAUAGGAGUUGGGGAUCGCCGUGGUGGGUUUGAUUGGUUCUAUCUCAGAUGGCCCAAAGGCUCGGACCUAGAUGAGAAAGGAGACGUGAUACGAGUCGUCAGCGAGGAUACGUACGUCAAAGGGAUGGGUUGGAUGUGCCAUGAUUUGUUGGACACUUCGCCAAAACGUCACCUGGAAAUCGAGCAGGAGGCAAUACGCCAAUGCUGGAGAUCCUGGAAUGUUGAUGCGGGAGACUGGCAUAGCUCCAUCGGCCUCAAAACAUGUGCUGAGCCGCUCUCAGAACUGUCAACGAAGGAAGACCGGCUCUCUGCUCUCUUUGCGUUCGAUGACUUCUGCUCGGCAAUGAGCAGCUCAGACCUUUGCGCUUCCGGGGCCCUUGGGGUUGGACUUCACAUGGCCAUGGAUACAAGCCUACCCGAACUCUCGCAGAAGACAAGGGACGAUUUCACGUUGGGUCGCCCUCUCCUUGAAGCGGACCCUCUCGUCCCGUUCUCUGACGUUAGGGCGGACAUAUCUGCUGCAACAUCAUCACUGGCUCGAGAAUGUCUACGAUCAUAUGCUUCAUCGCGACAAAUAACAGCGGCAUCAUCAGCUCUCACUGCAGUGGGCGAGGCAAAGGCUGUCUCCAUCCUAGAGUCCUCCUUCACCUCUUCUCCCAAGCCUCUGACAAGACUUGACGUCGCCUUUGCCUUUGACCCCAUCGCCAUGCCUGACUCGGGCUCGUCAUCUCUGGCAUACCUUGACCCCUCCGUCUUUGACCGCACGAUGAAGCUCAUCAUAGUGGAUGUUGCUCCAUGGGUGCGGAGCAUUGUAGAGUACGACUUCAGCCUCAUGCUCGAACGCAAGAAACUCAGCAAUCUACUCAGCGAAGGCGGGACCAAGAGAAGAAUGCGAACUACACGCAGCGCCCUCUCUGCACUGGAGGGCGGGGAGAGAAAGUCGACGAGAGGAGAGAAGUACUUCAAAGCAGCGAUCAACACGAGGCUCGUACUGGAUACGGGAUUGAAAUCCUGGAGACUGGCAGAGAAGGAAAGCAUAAAGGAACAAGAGACGGAUGAUCAACAGCUGCCAGCCGUCGCUAACAGCAGCCCUGCGUUAAUCGACGAAGACAUGGACAGCGACUAA